AUGUCUAAGAUCGAAGAAAUCCCCACUGAGUCCGUUCCCGAAGAAGUUCAGGACGCCGGCGUUGAGUCCGAAUCCGAAGAAAUCGCUGAUGGUUCCACCGUCACUGUCUACUCGCGUGCCGAGAAGAAGGCCCGCAAGGCUCUCAUCAAGCUUGGUCUGAAGAAGGUCGAGGGCAUUUCCCGUGUUGUCCUCCGUCGUGGCCAAUCCAUCAACUUUGUCAUUGCUAACCCUGAGGUUUACCGUGCCUCUAACUCUUCUUACAUUGUCUUUGGCGAGGCCAAGAUUGAGGACUUUGGUGCCCUCGCCCGCCAGGCUUCUGCUCUCCAGGCCGGUGCUGCUAACGCCAACCCUGCUGACCUUGCUGCUGCUGCCAAGGCUUCCGGUCUCUCUGCUGAGGACCUUGAGGCCAUCUCUAAGGACCCUGCCUCGAUCCACGCUGAUCUUGAGGCUGCCGCUGCUGCUGGCGGUCUUCAGAAGGCUGAUGAGGAUAUUCCUGAGGCCUCUGAGGAGGAGCUUGUUGAGGCUGGUUUGACCAAGGAUGACAUUGAGGCUAUCAAGUCCCAGACUACUGCUUCUAACGGUGCCAUCCUCAAGGCUUUCAAGGAGAACAACAAGGAUGUCAUUAACACCAUUGUCACCUUGACUGCCUAA